AUGGUCAAGGACGACAACAACAAGCCUUUCAAAGCAGCAGCCCAAUCUAAUCCGACCGCUCUCGGGGAUCCUGUCUCUCUCGAGCCCGAACAGACCGCACCUUCACCCAACGGGGUUGAUCGACCACAGGCGAAAGAGGGCCAAGCCCAGACGCAGACUCCGACGCAUGAUCGGAAGCAAGACGGUCCAGGAACCAAAAGCCUAAAGGAUAUGGCAAAGCACGAUCUCGACGAAGCCAAGAAAGGCAACCGAUCGAUGCUGGGGGACCCGGUAAGCCUCAAGGCCGAGACGGCCGACGCUGACCCGGUUAAGGACGACGCGAUGGGUGGGAUUACGGGUAACAAGGAACGAGAUUCGAAGUUGUAA